AUGGAUCAAUUAAAUAUCAAGGAACAACAAGAGUUCCAAACUAUUGUUGAACAAAAACAAAUGAAAGAUUUCAUGAACUUGUACUCUAAUUUAGUAUCAAGAUGUUUCGAUGAUUGUGUUAAUGAUUUCACUUCUGCUAACUUAACCACUAAGGAAAACUCAUGUUUAGCCAAAUGUUCUGAAAAGUUCUUAAAACAUAGUGAACGUAUUGGUCAAAGAUUCCAAGAACAAAAGUAUGUAUCAACGUUUUAG